ACGUUUUCGGUAGUUUUUUCUGCGCAAUUUAUUGCGCAUCCAAGGAAGAUAAUCACGGCUAGUUACUCUUCAAAAGAAGGGAAGUGGAACGAUAUUCGGAUAACCGUUUCCAAUUAUUGAAUGAUGAAUAAACUAUACCGAAUCAAAGGAACUUUUGCUAAAAGGUCCAACAUAGAACGUGCUAGACGGAUAACGGAAUCGUUACGGCAAUACCGGACACAUCAGGGACAGGUAUAUGAUAAGCCUGAGUUAAACGACACUGAUUCCGAUUCAUUAGCCGUUACCCCACCCACUAGUACAAGUAGCGAUUGUUUUGUCAAGCAGACAGAUGUUGUUAAAAUAGACCCAGUCGACACUUCUGGUCGACGCAUUGUUGAAUUGACGCAUUUAGCCAAGCAACUUUAUUGUGUAGACUGCAGAAAGUCUAUUCUUCUAGAAAAUAUAGUUAACGAGACAAGAUAUGGCUUUGGGUCAUUGCUAAUGAUUGAAUGCGAGUGUGGAUCAUGUAGAGAAGUAACAACUGGCAAGACACAUCGUACUGGAAAACGGGGACCAGCUGUAUUUGAUGUAAAUACUAAAGCGGCCCUUGCAACUUGUUUUGAAGGAUUAUCAAAAUGUAAGUGUAAGUGUUGUCUUCAUAGCUUGUACUGAUGUGGUGAUGGAAAUUGAUAUUUUUAUAUAUACCUAACCUCUAAGUCUAACACAACUGUAACCUGCUAUAGAUAACACUAGAUAUUUUCUGCUACUUGUAUAUAUAUUUAUAGACUAAAACAUCAUUACUCAUUUGUCAUUGUGUGAUAUUGGUC